AUGGUAUUAGAUGGAAAAAUUAAAGGUAUAAGCAAAGAUAGAUGGCAAGAAACGGCAAUGUUAGGGAAGGGUUUUUGCUGCUACGGAUUUGUUGAGGGGGAGCCUCCACCGGAACCAGUGGAACCUGAACCAGUAGAAGCAGAGCAGCCCAGCGACAAUGAGUCAGCAGCAAAGGCCAAGGAGGCGAGGGCCCAGGCCUCCAUCAAGGAGAGAGAGCGGGAAGUGCAGAGGGCACUGGCCACCAGUUUACGGGACCGCGAUAAGGAACGGGAAUACCACAAAAGGGAUGAAGCUGUACAGCAUUUCAACGCGCUACUGGCAGACCUGGUGCGAAACCCUGACCUUCCGUGGAGAGAUGCAAAAAAACAGCUCAAGAAGGACCAUAGGUACAGCUUAGCCGAGCUACUCACCAAAGAUGAUAAGGAGCGCCUGUUCGUGCAGCACACCAGCGCUUUGGCGGCCAAGCGCCGCGACAAACUACGAGCACUACUGCAGGAACGCAAUAUCACGUGCACAGCGCACUGGAGGGACGUCCGCGCCAUGCUCGCUGACGAGCCUACCGCGCCGGUGUACUCCAGCGCGUCGCAGAUGGAACGCGAAUUCCGUGACUACCAGCGCGAUAAGCAGUCAGCCGCGAAGACAGCGAUGAGACAGCUUCUCCUAGAGACGAGAUCCAUCACACACAAAAGCUUAAGUGCUGUAAAAGAGAACCCUAAUGCACUCCAACAUGUUCUUGACGCGCUUAAACAUGAUGCCAGGUAUACGGCACUCGACCACAUAGCGGAGGAACGGCAGCAGAUCAUCACGACUUACCUCGAGGAGUUGGAGAAGAAAGGUCCACCCCCACCGCCCACUGCGACAGAGCCUUCUAGAAGGACCAAACAGUGA